AAGUCCAUCAGUUUUCCCUAGGAAAAAGAGUGUCGUCGGGGGCAAGCCUCGUUGUUUCAUCAGUACACGGCCGUGUUGCUCGCAAUGAAAUGGAAGACGAACGUUUAAUUGUGAAAUACAUUACGGCAAGCAAUUGCUUCACCAGCUUGUCGUAUCACUGGGCGCGUCGUAUGGCAACUGAGGUCAAUGCGAUCGAAGUGACGCACAACGCAAAGGUAUAUUACUUCUCUUCCCGUAUGUCUAACAGUAUUCCAAAUGACACGUUAGGCAUCGGUGCAAUUUUUGCAAAAAGUCUGGACAUACGAGAGGGGGAUGAGGUGUUCGUGUCUGCCAUAAAACAGGUGUCUUCGUUGAGCAAUAUUAAUGUCGUCCCCCUGACAACGAACGAUCGUGAGCUUUUGGAAUUGCAAAUGGAAAAAGUGCAAUCAAGUCUAUUAAAUCAAGUGAGAAUCGUCGCGAAAGAACAGCCGAUCGUGGCCUGGAUCUCCAAGUUCUCCUCCGUAACUUGCGUCGUAGAGGAUUUAGAACCGAAGUUUUCGUACGGACUUCUGCAACAAUUUACGGAGGUUCAUGUGCUCGACGCAGUCACGGGCGCAACAAAGAAGGACGCGAAAGUUGACGAGACGUCUGGCGUAAUGCGCAAUGCAUUGGCUAAGAUUUUUCCUUACUUCUCCAAAGAGCACAACGUGAACGAUAACGCGACGAAUUACGCGUUGCUGCAAAACUUUCGCAAGAGAAGCAUACCUCGAGUGUUCCGCGUGUAUCCUUUGCCGUCCACGAGCACUGAGGACUCUAGCGAUUUGAUAUUGGCAGCACCCAGCCACAUCCUAGUGCCAAGAAGUUACUUACCGAAAGGCGUGAAGUCGACAACCGGAAGAAUAAUAUGCAAAGUGAGGAAAGUACUGGAAGACCGACAACGCGUCAACGACAGCGGCACGAGUUUCUUGCGGGACGGUGAUUCUUCCGUUCUUCCCAAAGUUUCCGAUGAGCUUACCGCGAGGAUUUACGUCCUCGAGGAUGUCUUGAAGUCACGCGCCUCCGACGCGGAUUACUUCGAUUUGGAUUCGAUUCAUCCGCGCGCUUACGUGUCGGACAGCCUGAGGGUCAGCCUGCAAAUGCGAGCGGGAAGUAAGAUGAUUGUGCGGCUAAUCGAGGAGAAGAGAUGUUCGAAGCCGACAUCGUUGGAUGUCUUCACCCCUGCGGAAAACACCGCGACGGUGCAGGAUUUCAAAAGCUACCUGACAUUCCACUCGAGGGACGAGCUACUGCUGCUCAGUUCGCACUCUCUUUUACUCGAUCAAGGCAAACGCUACUUUGUGCGAAUGUCGCCCGCGGAUUGCGAUUACGCGUUCAUAGACGAUAGGGAUAUCGAGAAUUUGGAUAUACACAUUCAGCCGGUGUUGUAUUCAGCCAAUGUGGAGAUCUUGGAGGCCCACUGCUCUGAAGAUCUGAAACUGGAGAAUAUUUCCACGAAAUACGUGGCGGAUGUUCUCGAAGGUUGCGAGAAGGCGCUCGACCUCAGCCUGGGUUUGCGGAUUAAACUAGACACGAAGGUGAAUUUCUAUUACGAUCGAGAGAAUAUUCUGAUCUGCGGUGGCUUGGGAUCCGGCAAAACGACCAUCUGCAAAACGCUAAUCGAACGUUACCGCAAGGAGCCGCGUUUUGUGUACACACGUGUGAUCGACUGUAGAUCGUUGAAAGGCAAGAAAGUCGAGACAGUGCAGAAGAUUGUUGCGUCCGCCAUGCACGAGUGCGUGUAUCAUCAACCGUCCAUAUUGUUUCUGGACGAUUUGGAGUGCAUCACUAACGCCUCGUUAAACGACGAGGAAAAUACGAUAGACGCAACGAACGCUUCCAGAAUCACCGAUAUGCUGAUCAACACCCUCACACAGUAUCAAAAAUCCCACUACAUCUCGGUAGUCGCGACUUGUAUCAGCGUGAGCAAGAUCGGUUUGAAAUUACGACCGGCGAGAGGCUCGCAAUUCUUCAGAACUGUCUUGUCGAUACCCAAUCUCAACAAGGAGCAUAGAAUCGAUAUUUUACGUACAAGGCUCAAGGACAAAUUGCCCGAGGACAUGAACUGGGAUCACUAUAGGAACAAGACCGAGGGCUGGAUGCCUCAGGAUCUCGUCGACCUGUCGGAGAAGGCGAUAUUUGCCGCAUGGAAGCGUCACGCGGCGACGAGAUUGGCAUCACGUAUGAUCGUGACGGAGGAGGACAUGAAUGCCGCGCUGGAGAAUUUCACGCCGAUUUCCAUGCAGGAUGUGCAGCUGCACAAAAGCGGCGGCCACUCCUGGUCCGACAUCGGCGGGCUGUCGGUCGUGAAGAGCUCCCUCACGGAAAUUCUGCAGUGGCCGCUCAAGUACCCGGAGAUCUUCAGGAACGCCCCGAUAAAGCUACAGAGCGGUGUCCUGUUGUACGGAAUGCCCGGCACCGGCAAGACGAUGCUGGCAAAGGCGAUCGCCGGCGAAUGCGGCGUGAAUCUGAUCAGCAUCAAGGGUCCAGAGUUGCUGUCGAAGUACAUAGGUGUCAGCGAGGAAUCCGUGAGAAAUGUUUUCGAAAGAGCUCGCCGCGCUAAGCCGUGUGUUUUGUUCUUCGACGAGUUCGACAGUCUUGCACCCAGACGUGGGCACGAUAAUACUGGGGUGACCGAUCGGGUGGUGAACCAGUUGCUGACGCAACUCGACGGGGUUGAAGAUCGCGAAGGGGUGGCCAUCGUGGCUGCGUCCUCGAGGCCAGACAUGUUGGAUCCAGCUCUGCUUAGACCGGGACGACUCGACAAGUGUUUGCACUGUCCCUUACCGAAUGAGACGGAAAGGAGGGAGAUUUUCACGGAGCUGUGUAAGUCCCAAAACGUAGACAGCGCAACAUUGGACUUGGAGGAGCUGGCGCGACUCUCCGAUGGAUUCACAGGGGCCGAUAUUAAUGCGGCGAUUAUCCAGGCGAGGCUGGCAGCGUACGAGAACGCCGUGGCAACUGCGACCGACGGGAAAAUCGAUGCAUCCGACAUCAAAGUCGUGCAGACGCAUCUCGUAGAGUCCAUUAAGUCGACGAGGCCGUCCUUGUCGGCCGCGGAAAAGUCCAAAUACAUCAAAAUCUACGCCAGGUUCUCCAAGGACGAUACGUAUGUGGAAGAUGUCCUGAAGAACCAGAAGGCGACAUUGGCUUAGUCGCAGGGAUGUUAAUCAGGACUUCUCUGCGCGCGUUUUCCUACGAGUCUGUGAACAUAUUUUUAUAUAUCAAAAUCAAUAAAGGGUGUACGUACUGUUGAGAAUGCAUUUUACAAAAAUAAAAUAGGUAAU